UCUGCGGCCGCGGGCUGAGGCGAUUUGGGCUGCAGCCACCGUCCCCGCAGGAGAUUGCCUUUGGGCUGUCGGAGUCCAGCGGUGGUGGCGCGGGAGCCGGGCUGCCGGGGAAUCGAGUCGUCCGAGCCGACUGUCCUGGGUCCCGGACGGCCCUCUCUGCACCCCCUUCCCUCUCUGCACCUUUCCGGGGCUCCCGUCCUCGUCACUCUCUCCCGCAGCAGAUUUAGCCACAGACCUUCCUCUCAGUCCCCUGAGGAACCCUCCUCCGCGUCCAGAUUUAACUAGAUGACUGAUCCACUUUCUCCCCCUCUGGCAAUUAGUUGGAAUCAGCAAGCAUCUGUUGCAGAGUAAACCGCAGUCGCGUGGCGAAGAGCCUGGGCUCUGGACUCCUCACCCCGCUGGGGUCCGCCCUCUGGCCGGCAGCGGAGUGACCACGCGCUCCUGCCUUCCUCGUGACCGUUCUUUCCUGUGUGAUGUGUUUUCUGAAAUCCUGAACCAUGAGUCUAGCACUUAAUGAUCUGCUUAUUUGCUGCCGUCAACUAGAACAUGAUAGAGCUACGGAACGAAGGAAAGAAGUUGAGAAAUUUAAGCAACUAAUUCGGGAUCCUGAAACAGUUCAACAUUUAGAUCGACAUUCUGAUUCCAAACAAGGAAAAUAUUUGAAUUGGGAUGCUGUUUUUAGAUUUUUACAGAAAUAUAUUCAGAAAGAAACAGAAUGUCUGAAAACAGCAAAACCAAAUGUUUCUGCCUCAACACAAGCCACAAGGCAGAAAAAAAUGCAAGAAAUCAGUAGCUUGGUUAAAUAUUUCAUCAAAUAUGCAAAUAAAAGAGCACCCAGGCUAAAAUGUCAAGAACUCUUGAAUUAUAUCAUGGAAACAGUGAAAGAUUCAUCUAAUGGUGCCAUUUAUAGAGCCGAUUGUAGCAAUAUACUGCUCAAGGACAUUCUUUCAGUGAGAAAAUACUGGUGUGAAAUAUCUCAGCAACAGUGGCUAGAAUUGUUUUCUGUGUACUUCAAGCUAUAUCUCAAUCCUUCACAAGACAGAGUCUUACUGGCUAGAAUCAUUCAUGCUGUGACUAAAGGAUGCUGUUCACAAACUGAUGGAUUAAAUUCCAAAUUUUUGGAUUGUUUUUCUAAGGCUAUUCAGAAUGCAAGACAAGAAAAGACCUCUGCAGGUUUAAAUCAUAUCUUAGCAGCAUUUGUUAUCUUCCUCAAGGCUUUGGCUGUUAACUUUCGAAUUAAAGUGUGUGAGUUAGGAGAUGAAAUUCUUCCUAACUUUGUUUAUAUUUGGACUCAACAUAGACUUAAUGAUUCCUUAAAAGAAGUAAUUAUUGAAUUAUUUCAACUGCAAAUUUAUAUUCAUCAUCCAAAGGGAGCCAAAACCCAAGAAAAAGGUGCUUAUGAAUCAAGAAAAUGGAAAAGUAUCUUAUACAACUUAUAUGAUCUGCUAGUUAAUGAGAUAAGUCAUAUAGGGAGCAGAGGGAAAUAUUCCUCAGGAUCUCGUAACAUUGCUGUCAAAGAAAACUUGAUUGACUUGAUGGCAGAUGUUUGUCACCAGGUUUUUAAUGAAGAUACCAGAUCUUUGGAGAUUUCCCAGUCUUAUACUACCACACAAAGAGAAUAUGGUGUACCUUGCAAAAAGAGGAAAAUAGAAUUAGGCUGGGAUGUAAUAAAAGAUCAUCUCCAGAAGUCACAGAAUGAUUUUGAACUUGUGCCUUGGUUACAGAUUGUAAUUCAGCUAAUAUCAAAAUAUCCUGCAUGUUUACCUAACUGUGAGCUAUCACCAUUAUUGAUGAUACUAUGUCAGCUUCUACCUCAACAGCGACGUGGGGAACGCACACCAUAUGUGUUACGAUGCCUUAUGGAAAUUGCAUUGUGUCAAGGCAAGAAAUCAAACCUAGAAAGCUCACAAAAGUCAGAGUUAUUGAAACUCUGGAUUAAAAUUUGGUCUAUUACCUUUCGCAAUAUAAGUUUUGAGCAAAUACAAGCUGAAAAUUUUGGCUUACUUGGAGCCAUAAUUCAAGGGAGCUUAGUUGAGAUUGACAGAGAAUUCUGGAAGUUAUUUACUGGGUCAGCCUGCAGACCUUCAUGUCCUGUGAUAUCCUGUUUGACUUUGGCACUGACCACCUGUGUAGUUCCAGAAACAGUAAAAAUGGGAAUGGAGCAGAAUAUAUGCGAAGUAAACAGAAGUUUUUCUUUAAAGGAAUUGAUCAUGAAAUGGCUCUUAUUCUAUCAGUUAGAAGAUGACUUUGAAAACAGUACAGAGCUGCCCCCAAUUCUUCACAGUAAUUUUCCUCAUCUUGCACUGGAGAAAAUUCUUGUGAGUCUCACUAUGAAAAACUGUAAAGCUGCAAUGAAUUUUUUCCAGAGUGUGCCGGGAUGUGAUCAGCACCAAAAUGAGAAAGAAGAGCCUUCAUUCUCAGCAGUUGAAGAACUAUUUCUUCAGACAACUUUUGACAAGAUGGAUUUUUUAGCUGUUGUGGAAAAAUGUGCAAUAGAAAAGCACCAAUCUAGUAGAGGCUUUUCUGUCCAUCCAAAUCUCAAGGAAUCACUGGAUCGCUAUCUUCUGGGAUUGUCAAAACAGCUUCUAAAUAACUAUUCAUCUGAGACUUCAAAUACAGAAAUGCUUGUCCGGUGUUCAAGUCUUUUGAUGGGUGUUCUUGGUUGCUAUUGUCAUAUUGGUGUAAUAACUGAAGAGGAAGCAUAUAAAUCAGAAUUAUUCCAGAAAGCCAAGUCUCUAAUGCAGUGUGCUGGAGAAAGUGUUACUCUGUUUAAAAAUAAGACAAAUGAGGAGUCUAGAAUUGUUUCAUUGAGAAAUAUGAUGCAUCUAUGUACAAGUUGCUUAUGUAACUGUAACAAGCACAGUCCAAAUAAGAUUGCAUCGAGCUUUUUCCUACGAUUGUUAACAUCAAAGCUAAUGAAUGAUAUUGCUGAUAUUUGUAGAAGUUUAGUCUCCUUUAUAAAAAAGCCACUUGACUAUGGACAAGUAGAAUCAGUGGAAGAUGACACUGAAAAUGUAAAGGAGAUGGAGAAUCAGUCAUCCAUGAGUCUAUUUAAUGAUUACCCUCCUAGUAGUGUUAGUGAUGCAAAUGAAUCUGGAGAGAGCCAGCUUAUUAUUGGUGCCAUGAAUCCCUUAGCUGAGGAACAUCUGUCAAAACAAGAUCUGCUUUUUUUAGACAUGCUCAAGUUCUUGUGCGUAGGCGUAACCACUGCUCAGACCAGUCCUGUGUCAUUUAGAGCAGUUGAUAUUCGGAGGAAAUUGUUAAUGUUAAUUGAUCCUAGUAUACUAGAUCUUACUAAAUCUCUCCACCUACACAUGUAUCUAGUGCUUUUAAAGGAGCUUCCUGGAGAAGAAUAUCCUUUGCCAAUGGAAGAUGUUGUUGAACUUCUGAAACCACUAUCCAAAUUGUGUUCUUUAUAUCGCCGUGACCAAGAAGUUUGUAAAACAAUUUUAAACCACAUCAUUCAUAUAGUGGGGAACCUAUGUCAAGGCAAUAUGGAUUCUGAGAACACAAAGGAUGCUCAAGGACAGUUUCUAACAGUUAUUGAAGCGUUUUGGCAAUUAAUCAAGGAGGGGAAAUGUAUAUUCUCUGUAAGAAUGGCACUAGUAAAAUGCCUGAAAACUUUGCUUGAGGCUGAUCCUUAUUCAGAAUGGGCUAUUCUUAAUUCAGCGGGAAAAACCUUUUCUGUAAAUGAAGUAUUUCCACAAUUUCUUGCUGAUAAUGACCACCAAGUUCGCAUGUUGGCUGCAGAAUCAAUCAAUAGGUUAUUUCAGGAUAUGAAACAAGCAAGUUCUUCCACGUUAUUGAAAGCACUUCCUUUGAAGCUUCAGCAAACAGCUUUUGAAAAUGCGUACCUGAAAGCUCAGGAAGGAAUGAGAGCAGUGUCCCACAGUGCUGAGAACCCUGAACUUUUGGAUGAGAUUUAUAAUAGAAAAGCUGUUUUACUGAUGACGAUGGCUGUGGUUUUAUACUGUAGUCCUGUCUGUGAAAAACAAGCUUUGUUUGCCCUAUGCAAGUCUGUAAAAGAUAAUGGAUUAGAACCUCACCUCAUAAAAAAGGUUUUAGAAAAAGUUUCUGAAACUUUUGGAUAUAGACGUUUAGAAGACUUCAUGGCUUCUCAUUUGGAUUAUCUGGUUUUGGAAUGGCUAAAUCUUCAAGAUACUGAACACAGCUUAUCUGCUUUCCCUUUUAUUUUGUUAAACUACACAAACAUUGGGGAUUUCUAUAGAUCUUGUUAUAAAGUUUUGAUUCCACACCUGGUGAUCAGAAGUGAUUUUGAUGAGGUGAAAUCCAUUGCUAAUCACAUUCAGAAGGAUUGGAAGUGUCUUCUAAUAGACUGUUUUCCAAAGAUUCUUGUUAAUAUUCUUCCUUACUUUGCCUAUGAGAGUAUAGGAGACAGUGGGAUGGCACAGCAAAGAGAGACUGCUACCAAAGUUUAUGAUAUGCUUAAAGAUGAAAACUUACUAGGAAAACAGAUUGACCAUUUAUUCAUUACUAAUUUACCAGAGAUUGUGGUAGAGUUACUGAUGACAUUACAUGAACCUGGGACUGCUGGUGCCAACCAAAGCACUGACCUCUGUGACUUUUCAGGGGAUUUGGAUCCUGCUCCUAAUCCACCUCAUUUUCCAUCGCAUGUGAUUAAAGCAACAUUUGCCUAUAUCAGCAGUUGCCAUAAAACCAAGUUUAAAAGCAUUUUAGAAAUUCUUUCCAAAAGCCCUGAUUCCUAUCAGAAAAUUCUUUUAGCCAUAUGUGAACAAGCCACAGAAACAAAUAAUGUUUAUAAAAAGCACAGAAUUCUUAAAAUAUAUCACCUGUUUGUUAGUUUAUUACUGAAAGAUAUAAAAACUGGCUUAGGAGGAGCUUGGGCCUUCGUUCUUCGAGAUGUUAUUUAUACUUUGAUUCACUAUAUCAACAAAAGGCCUUCUCGUUUUAUGGAUGUGUCAUUGCGAAGCUUCUCCCUUUGUUGUGAUCUGUUAAGCCACAUUUGCCGCACCGCAGUGACUUGCUGUAAGGAUGCUUUAGAAAAUCAUCUUCAUGUUAUUGUUGGUACACUGAUACCCCUUGUGGAUAGUCAGAUGGAAAUUCAGGAGCAGGUAUUGGACUUGUUGAAAUACUUAGUGAUAGAUAACAAGGACAAUGAAAACCUCUAUAUGAUGAUUAAACUUUUAGAUCCUUUUCCCGACCAUGUUGUCUUUAAGGAUUUGCGUAUUACUCAACAGAAAAUCAAGUACAGUAGAGGACCCUUUUCACUCUUGGAGGAAAUUAACCAUUUUCUCUCAGUAAGUGUUUAUGAUGCACUUCCAUUGACAAGGCUUGAAGGAUUGAAGGAUCUUCGAAGACAGCUAGAACAACAUAAAGAUCAGAUGGUGGAGCUCAUGAGAGCCUCUCAAGGUAACCCACAAGAUGGCAUAAUGGUGAAGCUGGUUGUCAGCUUGUUACAGUUAUCUAAGAUGGCGUUAAAUCACACUGGUGAAAGAGAAGUUUUAGAGGCUGUCGGGAGCUGCUUGGGAGAAGUGGGUCCUGUAGAUUUUUCUACGAUAGCUAUACAACAUAGUAAAGAUACAUCUUAUAUUAAGGCCCUUCAGUUAUUUGAAGAUAAAGAACUUCAGUGGACCCUCGUAAUGCUGACCUACCUGAAUAACACAUUGGUAGAAGAUUGUGUCAAAGUGCGAUCAGCUACUGUUACCUGCUUGAAAAAUAUUUUAGCCACAAAGACUGGCCAUAGUUUCUGGGAGAUUUACAAGACGACUACUGAUCCCAUGCUGAUCUAUCUACACCCUUUUAGAACAUCGAGGAAAAAGUUUUUAGAAGUACCCAGACUUGACAGAGAAAGCCCUUUAGAGGGUUUGGAUGAUACAAGCCUGUGGAUUCCUCAAAAUGAAAAUCAUGAUGUUUGGAUAAAGUCACUGACUUGUGCGUUUUUGGAUAGUGGAAGCAUAAAAAGUGAAAUUCUUCAGUUACUAAAGCCACUGUGUGAGAUACUCCUCACAAACGAACCGAUCCAUGACCCCUGCAAGUUUGGAUUCAGAGCCAGAGCACUUUUCCCGAUGUUGCUUGGAUAAAAGAUCACAAAGAACAAUGCUUGCUGUUGUGGACUACCUGAGGAGACAAAAGAGAUCUUCCUCAGGAACAGUGUUUGAUGAUGCUUUCUGGCUGGAGUUGAAUUAUCUAGAAGUUGCCAAGGUAGCUCAGUCUUGUGCUGCUCACUUUACGGCAUUACUCUAUGCAGAAAUCUACGCAGAUAAGAAAAACAUGGAGGAUCAAGAGA